GGAGAAAGAUUUUGAAGACAUUUUAUUCUGUGCUGGAAUUUAUAAAUUUUAUGUUAACACGUUUGGAACUAUGAUUUCUACUUGAAGACAAAUCUCACAGACCGAUCACUUGAAAUAAUCUCGUAAAAAUGAAGGCGCAUAGUAUAUACUGGAAUUCUAGAUGGAAGAUUACUUUUAUUGCGCUAGCGAUACUUUUCUACAUAGGCGUGUACUGGGCCCAACUCACAGGAUCUAACCCAAACACAAGAAGUCCCAACAACGAAACUAACUCAAACGUAUCUUCUGUGCGGAAUAGUUUUCAUAAAGUGCAAAACAAAACAUCUAAUGUUCCACACAGUGAUAGCAGGUAUUCUAAACUACUGCAGGAGUUGAAAAUACCUCCUUACAUGCCUUAUAGUGAGGUUUUCUUGAAAAAUGCUUCAAUUAACAACGAAUCGCUGGUGGAAGAUCUCAUCAGGUCAGGAUUUGGUCUCCAGUCUUACGUCACGGAAACUGGUGAAGAAAUCUGGACAGAAAAUGGCGUCCAGUAUCGUCCGUUUCCUUACAAAGAACCAAAAGACAGCAAAUAUUACAAUUCAGAGUUUGAAGCCUACAUUCCUUUCAAUGAGACCACGUUUUUUGAAGGUCGACCAGCUCAUCCAUUGUUUAGAAAUGGGACGAAAAAAAUAAUUUUAUGGUGGCAACAUAAAAUUGGUCAGGCAAGCAUUGACGGGCUAAAAACUUUGAGGGCGUGUCCAGAGUUUCCUUGUGUCAUUGGCUCAGACAGGAAGUACACAGACGUCAGUAGUGCUCUACUUGUUGACACACAAUUUGUAAACCACGAGCCUCCACCUGCCCUUAAAGCUGAUCAAGUUUUAGUUUACUAUCAAAUAGAAGCUAAGGGAGAUAUGUGGUACGGAAAUAUAUUUCAGGAGCACCCACACUGGAAUACAGCAUUCAACUGGACGAUGUCUUUCAGAAGGAACGCGGACAUUCGGACUUACUACGGUUUGAUCAGAAGAAGAAAACAUAUCAGAGAAAAAAAUUACACAUCAAUUUUAGCAUCUAAGACGAGGCUGGUCGCCUGGUUUGUGUCGAAUUGUAAUACAAAUUCAAAACGGGAAGAAUAUGUGGCAGAGCUUCAACGGUAUCUAAAGGUCGAUGUUUAUGGGAAGUGUGGUACGUUUAGUUGCGCCAGAGGAAACGAUAGCAGCUGCCGUGAUCAAAUUCGUAAAAAGUACAAAUUUUACAUAGCGUUUGAGAGCAAUCUUUGUAAAGAUUACAUUACGGAAAAGGUGUAUAAAUACUUCGAUUCAGAUUUCAUUAUUAUUGCCCGUGGAUCAAAUUUCUAUUCGAGUAAUCUCCCUUCAGAAACUUUCAUAAACACCGCUGACUUCAAAUCUCCCGAGGAACUGGCUAAAAGAAUUCUAUAUUUAGAUUCCCAUGACGAUGCUUACAUUGCAAUGCUGAAAGAGAAAGACAAAUACUUUAGCAUCUACGAGGAUUAUCCGUUAUACCGUAUCGAUCCUGUGUACCUGGAGUAUCGAUACGAGGCAGUUCCCAUGUGCCAGUUGUGUCAGCGGGUCUGGAACUUGGAGAAAUAUGCUAAAACUGUGCCAGAUUUUCUUGGGUGGUUUUAUAACACAGAAUUUAAAUGCAAUUAAGUAACUUCUAUAAAACGUUUAAUUAAAUCAGCGAGCUGUUACAAAAUAAAUACUAUCGUAUUUACUAUUGUAAAAUCGAAAACAAGUAGUCUAACUACUGUACAAUAAAUAUCAAGUUUUGUGAAAAACGAUAAUGACGUUUCAUGCUUGAAGAUUGCCAGUUGCAUAGGCGUGCUUAUAAUGGUCUUUAUAUCUAAUAUAUAGAACCAAAUACACCUUGAGAUUUGGAGAAAACAUGAAAUAACAGACUGAGAGAUCUAGUUUUCUGCCUAAGUGAAAGCACAUUUUGCUAAAGUAUAAAACGAGGAAAAUGAUAAAUUUUUACAAAGUUUUCGUUUGAUCAAAUUGUAAUUAUGGCUAUGAGUUUUGCUAUUCAAUAUACUAACAAUGAUUAUAUGGAUUGUAGUAUAAUUUAGUUUUUCAAAGCAAAGUUUAAAUGCCCUUUACAAAGAUUAAGUUAAAAGGAAAGGAGCUUGACUGCAUAUUUACAAAAGCUUUAUGGCAUUGUAUAUAGCCCAUUACUUGCCUGUAAUUUAUAUAUUUAUUUACAUAAGAUUUUGUGAUUUUGCCUUCUUAUUUUUUAAAUAUCAACGUGAUUGACAAAAUUGUGCGUCAAAAAAUGUAUUGCUUAAUAAAUUAUUGUUUAAAUUACUUUAUUUUAAUUUGAUUGUAUCAUGAAUAUUCACACCAGGCAAUACAUACAGUGUGACACACAAAGUUCAGAAAAAACCAACAUUUC